UGUCGAUCGCUACGCACCUUCUAGCAGAGAAAGCAUGACCAAUUUUCUGAGAAAACUCGUUUUUUCUUUCAUUGCUUCAAGUCUUCUUAUACUGAAUUUAAUCCACGCGAGACACCUAUUACCAAGGAGGGAUAUUCAACCACCAGUAGAAAAUUAUUUUCCAGAGACCUCUUCCUAUCACAGGCCUUGGUACGGGGGACGAAGAGAAGCCGAAUUACCGAAAAAGGUAUUUAAAACAUAAUUUGCUUCAAGUUUUAAAAGGAGCGAUGAGUACAUUUGGCAACCCAAUGGUAUACAUAUAGGGAGUUGAUAUUGUUUAUUGUGACACAUUGGAGCAAAAAGAAGCGAAAACUCCCAAAGCCAGAUAAGAAAACUGCUAAAUUCUAUUAACAAUUAUUAGAGCUUUCAUUAUUCAUUUGUCGACUUGGGCAAAUAUAAGUUAUCCCUUGUGAAGUUGGUUGCAAAAUCAACUUCAAAGAUAGAAGUCUAGAUCUUCGCUUGGAUUCAUAGAUCACAUUUUUUUCUAAUUACCAAGUGUAAAAGUGGUUAAUAAAUAUUAACAAUAUGGCUUUUCUCCUGGGGUACCUUGUACACGACUUUAUGUUUUAUUUAGACCUUUUAAUUUCAACAAUCACAUUCGUAAGUCGAGUAUGAGACAAAAUAAACUACAAGCAAUUAUCACUGCUUGGUACAAAAGUUGUUAAUUCAAAACGUAUUAAUUUCGAUACCAAAUUGUCUUUUUANUCACAGGCCUUGGUACGGGGGACGAAGAGAAGCCGAAUUACCGAAAAAGGUAUUUAAAACAUAAUUUGCUUCAAGUUUUAAAAGGAGCGAUGAGUACAUUUGGCAACCCAAUGGUAUACAUAUAGGGAGUUGAUAUUGUUUAUUGUGACACAUUGGAGCAAAAAAGAAGCGAAAACUCCCAAAGCCAGAUAAGAAAACUGCUAAAUUCUAUUAACAAUUAUUAGAGCUUUCAUUAUUCAUUUUUUGACUUGGGCAAAUAUAAGUUAUUCCUUGUGAAGUUGGUUGCAAAAUCAACUUCAAAGAUAGAAGUCUAGAUCUUCGCUUGGAUUCAUAGAUCACAUUUUUUUCUAAUUACCAAGUGUAAAAGUGGUUAAUAAAUAUUAACAAUAUGGCUUUUCUCCUGGGGUACCUUGUACACGACUUUAUGUUUUAUUUAGACCUUUUAAUUUCAACAAUCACAUUCGUAAGUCGAGUAUGAGACAAAAUAAACUACAAGCAAUUAUCGCUGCUUGGUACAAAAGUUGUUAAUUCAAAACGUAUUAAUUUCGAUACCAAAUUGUCUUUUUUGCGAUAUACAGACGAAUAAUCACAAUGUUCAGUAAUACUUUGGGUGACUCUAAGGGAAAUAUCAGAUAGAAAUUAAUUCAUUGAAACUAGAUUUCAGAUAACAAAAUUUUUUUCCUCUUUCUUUUAGUUAAAAAUAUCUUUUAUCUCAAAAUAUUUAACCUCACACAGAUAACUGACCGAUCGGAUAUUUCAUUCCAAUUAAAACUUGCAAUCGGCGAUUUUAACCGAGAUCAGUAAUAUGACCACUUUGAACGUAACAUGCCUUACUGAUUUAAUUAAGCUAAAGUCUUUUUAUCAGAAAGAUUCGCUAAAUAAAAUUAAUUACAAUAAAAGUGACCACCAAAGAAAGCACCGGUUCCGUUUCUGCACCGGCGUUACCAAGGACUAAAACCAAUCUGAUUGGCUAUUAAUUCAGGCAAUCUAUUAAACAGUUCGUUUUUUUGUUUAUAAAAAACUUUGACACUUAAAAAAUCUCGCAUGGAGAAAAUUAAAUAUUUUUGUCGAUUAAAACCAAACUUAUGACCUUUAACUCUAAUAAAUAAUUUUUUGGUGGACAGAUCGCGUGUUCAAAACGUUUUCUUAUCAAUAACACACAAUUAGACUAAUUUAUUAGUGCUCUUUCCGGUGCAAUUAAUUGUGGUGCAAGGACUUAACAAUGUCGUUGGGAAGGCCAUGUCAGCCUCAAGCCCUUUCGACGGCGUCUUCCAUUAACAGGUAUUGUGCUGGUCUUGUCGGAAGAAAGGACUUUUUGUCAGUUGAAUAGGGUUUAUAAGAAUCUUUUUGUUGAUUUUCAAAGUCGACGGCGCCAAUUUGACGCCACAUUUUGACGGUUUUUACUCACUGCAUCUAAUAGCAAAAGAAUAGGCGAAACACACUCAGCUUCUUUCUGUAAAAACGUGAUCAUAGCGACCCGCUUAUCUUUCUAGAAUUGUUCAAACGUACGGGUCACAACUCUCUUGUGUUCUGCACGUGCUUUCUCUCUUUUUUGUCCACCUUUCUGGAAACGUGAAACCCGACGUCUGCGAAUAUCUGCUACGUUACGUUAACGUCUCCGCGUUUGACGCUAGAAUAGCACCUGUGAUUAUUGUCAACUGUAGAUGUGGUCACGCCUCUGUUAAUUUUAUUUGUCUGAAAUGUCCCUAGAAGAACAAGAAAAAGGCCUACUUUUUUUCUAUGACGACAAAAUAUUUACCACAUAUCGCCCAGUUUUUUAAGAACGUCCGACAAUCAGAUUCAGAAACAACCGUCACUUUUGGGGAACUUUUACUGCUUCUUUUAAUGUUUUUUAUCACUGUAUUGGGAAAUUUUGUAGAGAGUUCUUUUGAUCCAUUACAAGGUGGCUGUCAGAAGGCUUCCAUUUGAUAACAUUAAGACACAACAUUAUUUUCUGUGAAAAUUAUUUUGUUCCAUACUUAUUCAGUGUCCUCCGUUGAGAUAUUUCCCAAUUAGGUUUCAACUUUUGUGUAGAUGUAUUUUUGCUUCGUUUCAUAAUCACGAAUAAGCGAGCGAUAACUGUGGCUUAAUUUCAGUCAUUUUCUUCAGUCUUUCCAUAACAUAUCAGUCGUAUCUUUUCCUUUGUUACACUGAAUUACCUUGAUUAACACAGUGAGAAUGCUAGUUUUCAUCUUUCUUUAUAUUAAUUUCAUAAGUUAACUGCUUGAAAUAUUAAGAGUAGGUAAAUCCAGUCAAUAGUUAUACCUAUUCAUGGCACCUUACUAAAAUUAUUUUAACACUAGGUAUAAACCUGUAUAGACAACGAGCACAAAGUAACAAUAUAUAUUAACAUCAAAAAUCCGACCGGCAGUAAAAUUUGGAAGUCAGCGAGCUACGCAAAAUUAUGUUAUUAUUAAUUUUUUUUCAAAAGACAGUACAAACUACCGAAGCAAAAAUUCUAUAAAUAAGGGAGAACACUCCUGGCUUACUUCCCGUGUAAACCUAAAUAUCCGAUCAUUUUCCCAUUAUAUUUUCUGUAACUAAAAUGAAAUCGCUUUCACUUCCGCCUAAUUUCAAAAGAAAUCCACUCGGAAAUUAAAUACUGAGCCUAUUGACAACAAAGCGACGAUAUACGCCGCUCUGGUAAUACUGUUGAGAGCAAAGGACGUACACUUCCCGUCAGAUUUUCCCAAAAUUAAACUGUCAGUCCCUGAAAAUUGAAUUGAAAUGACCGUUUUCACGUAGUUUGGUUUGUGUUAUCUUUUCUGUCUUUCACAUUUUUUCUCAACCCAAUAAAUUUGUGUGUGGGAAUUACAAAAUCAUGCGGAAAAUGUUGCAUAUUAAAAUGAAAGUUACCUGAAGUCAACCUAAGAACUGUGAGGGUCCUCUAUAAGGCUCUUGAAACCCGUUAUGUCGACCAAAAUUUGUUCGCAAUCACGUGAUAUUCAGUUCACAGUUUUUAUAGGCUAAUCCCUAUCCCAAAUACAAGCUUUCAAGGCGCCUUAGAGAGGCUCCAGAUUCUCUUUUUUUUUCGGAAAGCAGUGGCAGUAGUCAGCUGAUAGUUGGCAGGAGCCAUGGGGGUGAGGUAUUGGGGGCAUGAAGCGGAACAUUUGAAAUAGGCACGUGACGAGGUCGAUGGAAGAGCGGGAAAGGUGUGUUGACUUUACAUAAACAGUUAUUAUUAUUUUUUUGAACAUUUCAGAAAAUGCAGUUCAAUUCUUCGUUAUCAUUAAAACAACAUUUGCGGAAUCCCACAUCUAGUAAAAUCAGAACAAUCUGAAAUAAAGAAAACCCUGAAAUAAUGGUUCAGUGAAAAAUACUCUUCAGUAGCGUUCGAUGGCUAGGAAGGAAACGGAUACAAACUUGAUAGUUUUACGUUAACCCUCUAUCUUUUUGAAAAAAAAACGUUCACACCUUGUUUUUCCUUAAACAUAAUCAUUUAAAGUUAUUCAGUAUCUUACUUUCAAAGUUUCAAUUUUCACAAAAUUAAAGAUGAGCGAGAAUAUUAAAAGGUAAUCUUAGCUCAGCUUUGACCAAAAAAUGUGGACGUCACCAUGACAUAGCCCUUCUGUAACACUGAAGUCAUACAUAUUUGAUAUACUUAAGUGUUUUACCUUCAGGGGCGGGUUGUUCGAAGCUGGGUUAAGAUAACCCAGGGUUUGUGCGAAAUUUGAACUCAGAUAUGGGAGCUUAAAAAGCAAAUUCAGUUUAACUCUCUUUGCCUACAAUUUGAUGACUGGAUACUCUAAAAAGAAUAGAGAAAAUUAUCCGGAUAGAGUGCUUUUGAUAAAAAGAAAAAGAAACCCGGGUUAAAAUUUAACCCUGGGUUAGUGCUAACCGGUGUUCGAACAACUGGGCACAGGUCUCUAAAAUUGAUUAAUUCACCUAAUUGAUUGGAUUGAUUGGAAUCGAUUACCGUGCGAGAUACCGGCCUAUUAGAUUACAUGGAGUUCUACCCAAGCCAUUGUUGUCGCUUCAAUUGUCCCUCUCUGAGCACAAUUGGAGACGACUUAAGAGGGUAGAGACAAGCCAGAUGACUUGGAACAUGGAAACCAGGCUCAAUCUGCGUCUGUUUGUUUGGAUCAUCUUCUAUCCCCGAUAAAAGUUUCUAUAUGACGCAUUUGGGAGGCCACUUCAGUGGGCUGCACCCUCCUCUCCUUAGAUUUUUUUUUUUUUUUUUGACGCGGGAUGAAAAGAGCAGCUGUUCACAAACUAUAGCUUCAAAAAAGACAAAACAAUACGCAAAACACAAAGGAGAACGCUUAAACAUGAAAUUAAACCCCACGCUAAAACUCAGCUCUUCGCCUUCAUAAUUAAAAGUGUCUCAUAAGUAUCUUUAAUUUCUUCCUGGCUGUUAAAGAAAUAGAUCUAUUCAUCUCGAAAAAAUUAGACACAAUGACAAAUCGGAAAGAAAGAAUAACGAUGGUAUCUAUUCCAAUAACUUUUGCAUAAUUCCGACUUCUCUAUCAGGAUAUUUUUAGAAGCAUCCACAAAUUUGUAAAACAGUUUACAAAGUUUGAGUAGAGUAAUAGCCUUAAAAGGUAUCGAUUUUGGCGGUUAUUUUUUAUAACUCCGAGUCUAGGCGUAUAAAUGAUCGACAGCUAAAUCAGAUUGACAAAUUAGGCCGGAUGUUACAAAACAGAUAGAUCAAAGUUAUAAAGCAGUCUAAAUAAAUGUACGAGUCUUUGUCUUAACAAAAUCGAUCGAAACUAAAGACGCUGUUAAUUCAGAUAAUCAAAUUAGAAAAUACCGUGAAAAUGCACAGAUUGCUUAAAUAUGUCACGAUUAUCGUGCUUAUGUUCUUAAAUCUGUUAUUGGGUACACUAGCAGCAACUGGAAAUAUAGGAAAGAUACCAUUUAAAGCGUUUAAACACAAAGGACUAUCUACAAUGUUGCGGCACAGACCAUGGUAUUCAGGCAAACGAGAAAAGCCCUUUCUAAAUAACGAGGUGGGUAGACAAACGAUAAAAACAAGUCAGUGUAGCUGUAUGGAAGUGAGACCUAUUUCUUAUACUUUUCUGGUGUGUGAUGUGGUGGAAAAAUGUUACACGGACAGGUAACUGAGCUGAACACCGUGACGUUCAUGGUGGGAAAUAAUCAAAAGAAAUAAAAGAAAAAAUGUCGGCGCUAUUAUUUAAUCAAAAUGUUUUUUGUAGAUUCUAUCUUCUAAGACAUUAAAUAAAAUAUGCUUUAGUGUAAAAUCUGGGUCUAAUACACAUUGAGCUUUUUUGCGAGGAAAUAAGAGGUAAAAGAGUUACUCGAGAGAACAAUGGAAAUGGACGGCAACAGGCGAUCUGAUUAUAAAAUUAAUAUGAUUUUUCUCAACAUUUGUUAAGCAACUGGUAAAUCGAGAACAAAGUCAUAUCUCUCACACUUUAACUCUCAUAAAGAGAUACUACAAAGACGAGUGGCUUGACCAGAAAAAAAUUCGUUCAUCGUUUUGAAACUCAUUUAUAUAAACUCUUGGCGUGGUGUUCACCUGUUGCCAACACGUGUAGUGUUUUCAAUUUUUUAUGCUCUAAUUAAUGUAAAUGUUUGUUUUGAAACGAUGAGCCUAUUGACAACAAAGCGACGAUAUACGCCGCUCUGGUAAUACUGUUGAGAGCAAAGGACGUACACUUCCCGUCAGAUUUUCCCAAAAUUAAACUGUCAGUCCCUGAAAAUUGAAUUGAAAUGACCGUUUUCACGUAGUUUGGUUUGUGUUAUCUUUUCUGUCUUUCACAUUUUUUCUCAACCCAAUAAAUUUGUGUGUGGGAAUUACAAAAUCAUGCGGAAAAUGUUGCAUAUUAAAAUGAAAGUUACCUGAAGUCAACCUAAGAACUGUGAGGGUCCUCUAUAAGGCUCUUGAAACCCGUUAUGUCGACCAAAAUUUGUUCGCAAUCACGUGAUAUUCAGUUCACAGUUUUUAUAGGCUAAUCCCUAUCCCAAAUACAAGCUUUCAAGGCGCCUUAGAGAGGCUCCAGAUUCUCUUUUUUUUUCGGAAAGCAGUGGCAGUAGUCAGCUGAUAGUUGGCAGGAGCCAUGGGGGUGAGGUAUUGGGGGCAUGAAGCGGAACAUUUGAAAUAGGCACGUGACGAGGUCGAUGGAAGAGCGGGAAAGGUGUGUUGACUUUACAUAAACAGUUAUUAUUAUUUUUUUGAACAUUUCAGAAAAUGCAGUUCAAUUCUUCGUUAUCAUUAAAACAACAUUUGCGGAAUCCCACAUCUAGUAAAAUCAGAACAAUCUGAAAUAAAGAAAACCCUGAAAUAAUGGUUCAGUGAAAAAUACUCUUCAGUAGCGUUCGAUGGCUAGGAAGGAAACGGAUACAAACUUGAUAGUUUUACGUUAACCCUCUAUCUUUUUGAAAAAAAAACGUUCACACCUUGUUUUUCCUUAAACAUAAUCAUUUAAAGUUAUUCAGUAUCUUACUUUCAAAGUUUCAAUUUUCACAAAAUUAAAGAUGAGCGAGAAUAUUAAAAGGUAAUCUUAGCUCAGCUUUGACCAAAAAAUGUGGACGUCACCAUGACAUAGCCCUUCUGUAACACUGAAGUCAUACAUAUUUGAUAUACUUAAGUGUUUUACCUUCAGGGGCGGGUUGUUCGAAGCUGGGUUAAGAUAACCCAGGGUUUGUGCGAAAUUUGAACUCAGAUAUGGGAGCUUAAAAAGCAAAUUCAGUUUAACUCUCUUUGCCUACAAUUUGAUGACUGGAUACUCUAAAAAGAAUAGAGAAAAUUAUCCGGAUAGAGUGCUUUUGAUAAAAAGAAAAAGAAACCCGGGUUAAAAUUUAACCCUGGGUUAGUGCUAACCGGUGUUCGAACAACUGGGCACAGGUCUCUAAAAUUGAUUAAUUCACCUAAUUGAUUGGAUUGAUUGGAAUCGAUUACCGUGCGAGAUACCGGCCUAUUAGAUUACAUGGAGUUCUACCCAAGCCAUUGUUGUCGCUUCAAUUGUCCCUCUCUGAGCACAAUUGGAGACGACUUAAGAGGGUAGAGACAAGCCAGAUGACUUGGAACAUGGAAACCAGGCUCAAUCUGCGUCUGUUUGUUUGGAUCAUCUUCUAUCCCCGAUAAAAGUUUCUAUAUGACGCAUUUGGGAGGCCACUUCAGUGGGCUGCACCCUCCUCUCCUUAGAUUUUUUUUUUUUUUUUUGACGCGGGAUGAAAAGAGCAGCUGUUCACAAACUAUAGCUUCAAAAAAGACAAAACAAUACGCAAAACACAAAGGAGAACGCUUAAACAUGAAAUUAAACCCCACGCUAAAACUCAGCUCUUCGCCUUCAUAAUUAAAAGUGUCUCAUAAGUAUCUUUAAUUUCUUCCUGGCUGUUAAAGAAAUAGAUCUAUUCAUCUCGAAAAAAUUAGACACAAUGACAAAUCGGAAAGAAAGAAUAACGAUGGUAUCUAUUCCAAUAACUUUUGCAUAAUUCCGACUUCUCUAUCAGGAUAUUUUUAGAAGCAUCCACAAAUUUGUAAAACAGUUUACAAAGUUUGAGUAGAGUAAUAGCCUUAAAAGGUAUCGAUUUUGGCGGUUAUUUUUUAUAACUCCGAGUCUAGGCGUAUAAAUGAUCGACAGCUAAAUCAGAUUGACAAAUUAGGCCGGAUGUUACAAAACAGAUAGAUCAAAGUUAGAAAGCAGUCUAAAUAAUGUACGAGUCUUUGUCUUAACAAAAUCGAUCGAAACUAAAGACGCUGUUAAUUCAGAUAAUCAAAUUAGAAAAUACGGUGAAAAUGCACAGAUUGCUUAAAUAUGUCACGAUUAUCGUGCUUAUGUUCUUAAAUCUGCUAUUGGGUACACUAGCAGCAACUGGAAAUAUAGGAAAGAUACCAUUUAAAGAGUUUAAACACAAAGGACUAUCUACAAUGUUGCGGCACAGACCAUGGUAUUCAGGCAAACGAGAAAAGCCCUUUCUAAAUAACGAGGUAGGUAGACAAAUGAUAAAAACAAGUCAGUGUAGUUGUAUGGAAGUGAGACCUAUUUCUUAUACUUUUCUGGUGUGUGAUGUGGUGGGAAAAUGUUACACGGACAGGUAACUGAGCUGAACACCGUGACGUUCAUGGUGGGAAAUAAUCAAAAGAAAUAAGAGAAAAAAUAUCGGCGCUAUUAUUUAAUCAAAAUGUUUUUUGUAGAUUCUAUCUUCUAAGACAUUAAAUAAAAUAUGCUUUAGUGUAAAAUCUGGGUCUAAUCCACAUUGAGCUUUUUUGCGAGGAAAUAAGAGGUAAAAGAGUUACUCGAGAGAACAAUGGAAAUGGACGGCAACAGGCGAUCUGAUUAUAAAAUUAAUAUGAUUUUCCUCAACAUUUGUUAAGCAACUGAUAAAUCGAGAACAAAGUCAUAUCUCUCACACUUUAACUCUCAUAAAGAGAUACUACAAAAACUAGACAUAAUACGAGUGGCUCGACCAUAAAAAAAUUCGUUCAUCGUUUUGAAACUCAUUUAUAUAAACUCUUGGCGUGGUGUUCACCUGUUGCCAACACGUGUAGUGUUUUCAAUUUUUUAUGCUCUAAUUAAUGUAAAUGUUUGUUUUGAAACAAUGAUAAACCGAAUCAAUCAACUUAUUUUGCCUUGGGAAAUUGGGCAUUUUGGGAAAUGACAUAUACUUUAUGAAUUUGCGGAGACGAUUUUAAAGAAUGGAAGACUUCACAAAAGGAAAUAAAAAUAAUUUUUCCGAAGGUAAAUAUCAAAGAAAAUAUGACGCCGCUUUGUCAAAUCUUAAGGGAAGACUUUCGGCUGAAGAUUUGUCGGUACGAGUGUCGGUCAACUUAACGGCUAAUUCGCACAUGUCACAUCUUAUAUUUUCAGUUAUCAGGCAGUCCUUUUGGUCCACCGGAAAGGCCAGGUUUUUCGUCCAAAUCCGGCUCGUUCGUUACGUCUAUUUCAGAUCGACCAGUGCACCAUUUAUAUUUGAUAUUGCCGAUUUUUCUGUUUGGCAAAUCCGACAAAUUGAGACGUAUAACUAGGGCUUUCCUACCUGAAAAUUUAAAGGUAGGUGAGCAAAAACAAAGUAAAUACCCUUUUACUUCUGUUGAACUGUUAGUGUCUAUAAGCCAAUCACAACGAGCAAGUUGUCUGUUGAACAGGCAGAGAAAACAAAGACAUUGCGACGACAUUAACGAAGAUGCACAAAUAUAAACUGUCCGGGUUGACCAAUGGCAGACCUGCAAACUGAGCACAGGGAGUCGCAUUCAGUCCUUUCCGCGCGUUUUUGCGUUCUUAUUUGAUAAGCAUUGUCUUUACUAAAUCUGACUUAAUACGCUGAACCCGACGGAAUUCAGACAGAAAGGAAUUGCAUGAAGUUUGCUAUCUUUUGGAUCUCAUCAACACUCCUUGAUAGAGAGGUGUAUGAACUCAUUACAGAUACAGGUAGUGCGUCCGUAAUGGGAACGUUCGAAAGUAAAAUCAAUUUUAGCUGUUUUAGUAGGCUAAGCCACUAGUACUUUGCACAAGGUACCAACGACGCAAGCCAGCGAGGGGUUUAGAAUUACCUACAGCAAGAUGAGAAAGUCGUUGACUAAUGACAUUUUGUCUUUACAGCUUUGGAAGAGUCAAGCAUUUGCAAGAGAAUUUAAACAAAGAGAAAAUGAUGUAAAGAGUGAUAGCUAACAAGACAGAACAGCUACAGAAGGGAUUGACAAGGAA